GUGUCUAAACAAAGACCAUCAUCAGUGAUCAUGUGAUGUUUGUGUUUGCAGAGGUCAGAACCAGAGACAGAGAGCAGAGUCUCCAGGACCCAGCGGUCUGUCUGUGAAGAGUGACCGGUCUAUGGACCAACCUUUAAACUUCAGUCAUGAACCUGGAGCCUCAGAGACAAAAGACCACUUUGCUGUUUCUGUGGACGAGCAGACGUCCUGCUGUCCUCUGUGUCAGGACGUUCUGAAGGAUCCAGUCUCCACCAGCUGCGGUCACCGGUUCUGCAGACGCUGCAUCUCCUCAUACUGGGACCAGUCUGGUCCACCAGGAGACUCCUGCUGUCCCCAGUGUGGACAAAGACCCAGGACAGGACAUGGACCACAGAGCAUCCCAGAUGUUGGUCUGCAGAAGGUUCUAGAUGAACAUAAGAUCAGUCUGAGGAGCAGAUUUAAACAUGUGACUGAAGGAACUGAAGGAACAGGAAGUAGAACCCUCCUGAACAGGAUCUUCACUGAGCUCUACAUCACAGAGGGACAGAGUGAAGAGGUCAAUACUCAACAUGAGGUGAUGCAGCUGGAGACGACCUCCAAGAAGAAGACGGUCCAGGACACUCCCAUCAAGUGCUGCGACAUCUUUAAAGCCUUACCUGACCAGCAGGGGAGCAUCAGAGUCGUCCUGACCAACGGCGUCGCUGGUGUUGGAAAAACCUUCUCGGUGCAGAAGUUCACUCUGGACUGGGCCGAGGGUUUGGAAAACCAGGAUGUGAAUCUGCUGAUUGUGCUCUCGUUCAGGGAGCUGAACCUGAUCAGAGAUCAGCAGCACAGUCUUCUCACGCUGCUCCAUGUUUUCUAUCCAACAUUAGAGAAGGUCAGAGCAGAGGAGCUCGCUGUCUGUAAACCUUUGUUCAUCUUUGACGGCCUGGAUGAAAGCAGACUCUCACUGGACUUCAGCAGCAGGACGCUGGUUUCUGACGUCACACACAGGUCAUCAGUCAACGUGCUGCUGACCAACCUCAUCCAGGGGAAUCUGCUCCCCUCGGCUCUCAUCUGGAUAACUUCUCGACCUGCAGCGGCCAAUCAGAUCCCUCCUACAUGUGUUGCCAGGGUAACAGAAGUACAAGGCUUCACUGACGACCAGAAGGACGAGUACUUCAGGAAGAGAUCCAGAACUGAAGAUCUGUCCAGCAGAAUCAUCUCACACAUCAAGACGUCCAGGAGCCUCCACAUCAUGUGUCAAGUCCCAGUCUUUUGCUGGAUCAGUGCUACAGUUCUGGAGCACAUGUUGGCCACAGAGCAGAGAGGAGAGCUGCCCAAGACCCUGACAGACCUGUACUCACACUUCCUGCUGGUUCAGACCAAGAGGAAGAAGAACAAAUAUGAUAAAGGACGUGAGACGAGUCCACAGGAGCUGAUGGAGGCCGACGGGGACUUUCUUCUGAAGCUGGGGAGGCUGGCCUUUGAACAUCUGCAGAGGGGAGACAUCAUGUUCUACCAAGAAGACCUGAAGCAGUGUGGUCUAAGUGUGACAGAGGCCUCGGUGUACUCAGGAGUUUGUACAGAGAUCUUCAGAAGAGAGAGCGUGAUCUUCCAGAAAUCAGUCUACUGCUUUGUUCAUCUGAGCGUUCAGGAGUUUCUGGCUGCAGUCUACAUGUUCCACUGUUUCAAGAAGACAGAGGUACUGCAGGACUUCUUCAGAAAAAAAGUUGAUGGUGAUGAUGAUGGUGGUUACACUUCUCUGGAUGUGUUCCUGAAAGCAGCCAUGGAGAAAUCCCUUCAAAGUGAAAAUGGUCACCUGGACCUGUUUGUUCGCUUCCUUCAUGGACUCUGUCUGGAGUCCAACCACAGACUCUUAGGAGGUCUGCUGGGUCAGACUCAGAACAGUCCAGAAAUCAUCCAGAGGGUCAUCAAGAACCUGAAGGAGAUGAACACAGACAACAUCUCACCUGACAGAAGCAUCAACAUCUUCCACUGUCUGACAGAGAUGAACGAGCAAUCAGUGCAUCAGGAGAUCCAAGAGUUCAUGAAGUCAAAGAACAGAGAACAGGAACUCUCUGAGAUCCACUGCUCAGCUCUGGCCUACAUGCUGCAGAUGUCUGAGGAGGUUCUGGAUGAGUUGGACCUGGACAAGUACAGAACAUCAGUCCAGGGGAAACAGAGACUGAUUCCAGCUGUGAGGAACUGCAGGAAGGCUGUGUUGAGGGGCUGCAGAUUGACAGAGAUCAGCUGUUCUUCUCUGGCCUCAGCUCUGAAGUCCAACCCCUCACACCUGAGAGACCUGGACCUGAGUGGGAGCCAUCUGCAGGAUUCAGGAGUGAAGCUGCUGUGUUCUGGACUGGAGAGUCCACAUUGUAGACUGGAGACUCUGAGGUUGAGUCGCUGCAGUUUGACAGAGAUCAGCUGUUCUUCUCUGGUCUCAGCUCUGAAGUCCAACCCCUCACACCUGAGAGACCUGGACCUGAGGUGGAACCAGCUGCAGGAUUCAGCAGUGAAGCCUCUGUGUGAUCUUCAGAAGAGUCCAGACUACAGACUGGAGACUCUGAGGUGAGUAGAGUGUUGUUCUAAUCACAGUCAGACAAACAUCAGUGUUUCCUCAGUGAAGCUGUGACAGCACAAUAGUGACAGACUUCAUGAUUGGACACAAAGACACAGAGAGACAACAGACGAGCCACGAGCUGCUGCUACUCACAGACUAGAGCUGAGCGCCUCACAUGAUGAGCGUCCAUCAGCUGUUUGUAGUUUGACUUCAUCACAGAUUAUAGAUCCACUGUAUCAUACACUGUAAAAACAGCAGCACAUCUUGUUUGGUUAGAAAACGUCAAAGUAGCCACUUUCAGACUGGAACGUCAUUUUCCUUCAAACUCUGACAAAAGCAUGAAGAAAUGAGCAAAAUAUCAAGAAAUGAUCUUUAUCACAAGCAAAGAAAUGAAAGUGAGUCUUCUCUGACUUUAAGAAUUGACACCUUGGCAAGGGAGAACCCAAAAGCACGACAACGAGGCAGGAAAACGCAGAUUACUAAGUCCAAAAGCAGGAAAUCAGUCACAAACAGGCAAACACAUCAGAACAAGAAGACUAACUAGAAAUGCUGGAGCAAAAAACCAACACAAGACCAUCUGAAAAUGGGCUGCUAUAUAAUCACUGAGGGACUAAUGAGCCAAUGGAAAACCAGGUGAGGGAAAUGAGUUGAUUGCAUGGAAGAAAGAUGACAGGAGAACUAGUGACAAGACAUGGAAACAAAUGAAAAAGACAUGAAACAAACUAAGAGUUAGUGUAAGUACGUAAGUACAGAGAGAGUGAAUUUGACCUUUGUGUUUUAAACACAGCAGUAGUGAAGCAGGAGCAGCAGGGAUUUCAUUCAAACUGUUGUUUGUUACUGUUUAUUAAAGCUUACAUGAAGUUGUCAUUCUCUUCUUUUAAGACAAUGUUAGAGUUAGUUUUCUUCACUUUUUCUGUCAAAAAUGAGGACAAUUUCCCAGAAAGUAGACUUCAUUGACCUUUUUUUAAAAGUCUUCCACAAACACCUUCAAGUGUAAACCACAUAAAACCACGAGAAAGUCAUUUACAUUCACAUUAUAUCAAAUAACAUGAAGAGGCUGCAGACACAGACAUGAUAGUGACUCUGCUGUAAACAUGAACACUGGAGGGACAAAGCCCGCCCCUUUCUGUUGGACCUCAGGUUAAAGCUCCGCCUCCAAGACUCCUCCAAGACAUGAGUCAAAAUCAAAGUUCUCUCUGGUUUAAGGUUUAUAGACAAAUUCUGCAUGAACAGAAUAUAAACACAACUUUUUCCUGAAGAAAUAUGCAAAUGAGUGACUUGAGUAUCGUCACCAUGUGUGUGUGUGUGUGUGUGUGUGUGUGUGUGAGGCAACAUGAAACAGUGGCAACAACAAUUCAAUCCAAAAACCAAAUGUCCCUGAAAUAUAUCUACUAACAAAUACUUUCCAUCAAAGUACACAGAGUACGCAUUUAAGGCCACAGCUGAACAUGUGACCUUGACUUCCAUGUCAACAGAGAUGAACAUAAAGAAACAGCAACCCCUGCUGGUGAGGAGUAGUUCCUGCAGCACUAUAGAUGCACUAUAUGGACAAAAGUAUUUGAAUUGACGUGUUUCAAUGGGGCUUUGGACUCUCGGCCUCUUCUCUCAGUGAAGGACAAUCUGAAGUUCAGCAGACGCAGACAUUUCUACUCCAACAUGACUGUGUCCCAGUGGACAAAGCAACCACUAUAAAGACAUGAGCCCUGACCUUUAACCCCAUCCAGCACCUUUGGGAUGAACUGGAACAGAGAUUAAGAGCCAGACCUUGUGGUCCAGCAUCAGUGUGUGACCUCAUCAAUGCUCGACACAAUGAAUGGACACUAAUUGUCACAGAAACACUUCAAAGUGUUGAGCAAAGUCUUCCAAGAAGAGUUGAAGCUGUUAAAGCUGCAAAACUCCAUAUGAAAAUACUGUCAAUGUAUUUGAAUACUUCAUAAUAGUCCAAAUACUUCUGUUGAUUUGUUUUCACACAACUCCAAACAACCAGUGUUUGGUGAAUGAGUGAAUGUGAGCUGUUGUAACAUGUGAUGUUAUUAUUCCACAUCUGAGCUGCAUCACUGACUCUGACUCUGACUCUCUGUCGUCUUCUCUCAACAGGUGGAAGCUAUGAGUGUGUGUGUGUGUGUGUGUGAGACACUGUGUGUGUGUGUGUGUGUGAGACACUGUGUGUGUGUGAGUGUGCGUGUGAUUGUGUGUGUGUGAGAGUGUGAUUGUGUGUGUGUGUGUGUGCGUGCGUGUGUGUGAGUGUACCAGGUAUUACUAAUGUUGUGGGGACCAAAACCUGUUUACACAGUCACAUUAUGGGGACUUGUCCUCCUUGUGGGGACAAAAAGCAUGUCCCCAUAACGUAAAUUACUACAUUUUAAGGUGAAGAUAUGUUUCAUGGUUAGGUUGAGGUUAGGGUUAGGGUUAGGAUUAGGAUUAGGCGAGUAGUAAUUGUGGUUAAGGUUAGAGUAAGUCUCCAAGAAAUGAAUGUAAGUCAAUGCAAUGUCCCCUCAAGUCAUGAAUGUCGAACAUGACUGUGUGUGCGUGUGUGUGAGUGUGUGAUUGUGUGUGAUUGUGUGUGUGUUUGUGUGUGCGUGUGUGUGUGUGAGUGAGUGUGUGUGUGUGUGUGUGUGUGUGUGUGUGUGUGUGUGUGACGCUGCUUCAACAGAUCUGUGACAGAACUCCAACGAUGAUGGUGUGAUUUUUCAGUCCUAACGUCCUGAACCUGUGACGAGCUGUUUCAACAUUUAACAUAAUGUGUCUUUAAUCCAAGAGUAUUCAUCUACAAUGUUAAUAAUAUCCAUAACCUUUAUUACAUUAUGUAUAAUUACAUAUCUAACAGUUUAACCCUGACCAGUCAACAUGUGUUUCCUUUUCAUUUGCAUCAGUUCAAUGUAUCUAUGUUGUCUACUGAUGAGUUUUAAACAAUGCUUUUUAAAUAUUUGACAGAAUAAUUGCUUCAAUAAUUAUAUAAAUACAUUGUAGUUCUAUAAACAUGUCAUCACUGACUCUAACUGUCCUGUAUAAACUUGAUACAGUUGUUGUGUAUCUGCUCCUGGUCUCUCUCUCUCUCUUCUGUCUCUACCUCAUCUCCCUCUUGUCCUUUCUCCCCCCUUUCUGUCCCCCACCUCUCCUCUGUCCCCCAUUUUCCUUUCACCCCAACCGGUCGAGGCAGAUGCUGCACAUGUGUGAGUCUGGUUCUGUCAGAGAUUUCUUCUUCUGUUAAGAGAGAGUUUUUUCUCUCCACUGAUGCCUAGUGUUUGCUCAUUGUGUGAACUGUUGUGUUUCUCUGCUCUCCUUGAUGUUGUCUAUGUACACACCUGAGAUCAUGUAUGUUAGGAUUUGGCGCUAUAUAAAUAACAUUGAAUUGAAUUGAAUAGAUAAAUAUAGCUGUGUGUCAUCUGCAUAACAAUGAAAGUGUAUGUUGUGCUUUCUAAUAAUGUUUAAUACUAGAUUAUUAAUCAAUCCCAAGCCCAAACCAGGACAUUCAUCAUUAUUCUUAAUCUAUCUCAUCCUAGUUGGAAAUCACAGAAACCAAUGAUGAUAGUCACAGUUUAUCGUCCACCUGCACCUUAUUCAGAGUUCCUAUCAGAGUUCUCUGAGUUCUUAUCAGGAAAACGGUACAGGAUCAUCAGAUCCUCCACCAAAAGACUCAGGGACAGCUUCUUCCCCAGGGCUGUGAAAUCAAUAACCCCCUCCCCCCCCCCCUCCCCCCUCUGUAGUGGAUGACACAGGUCUGGCACUAAGUUCUGCACUUUAUAUUUAUAUUUAUAAUACAACUGCCCCUUUUUCCCCCUGUACAUACAUUUCCCUGCACUGUUCACUGUUCACGAUUGAUCCCGCGCCUGCGUCUUGACGCAUAUUUGAGGAUCUUCGCUCUGCCUGCAUUGUCUGUUUCGAGUGUGAAUGAAGACUGUUACUUACUGUACUGCAUCUGGGUCCAGUCCUGUUCGUUAUACAUGUAGAUGUUGACAGUGGUAGUCUUAGCUGCACAUUUAAUUCACUGUUAGUAUCAAUUGGUUUUAUUCAACAUGUGAAUAAAACCAAUAAACACAAAGUCAAUAAACACACACCAUAUAUAUAUAUCACACCAA